UAUCUACCUGUCUAAAUUCUCGCUCACUCUCUAAAAUAACACAGCACAAAAAAAAAAAAAAGAGCUCAGAACCAUAAGUUCUCUCAUUUCUCACUGCCAAUAUGCAUCUUCUAUUACUCCUGAUCUUGGUUUUACUCAUUAGCUUCAUCUUGAAAUUUGUGUAUUCGAUCAUCUGGGUCCCAUUAAAAAUUCAACGUCACUUCCGGAAACAGGGGAUUGAGGGUCCGGACUACCAUCCAAUCUUUGGAAACACGGCCGAGAUCAGGCGGCGGAUGAUCGCUGAAGCUGAAGCAGAGCCCAUAUCUUUCGUCUCUCAUGAAAUAGUUCACCGGGUGAUGCCACACUACUAUAACUGGUCAACGCUGUAUGGCAAGACUUUUCUAUACUGGUUCGGGCCGAAGCCCAGAUUGGCGGUAGCCGACCCAGACAUGAUCAAAGAGAUUUUGCUCAACAAUACCGGGUCCUAUGAGAAAGUCAAGUUCAACCCUUUAUCUAAGUUGCUAUUUGGAGAGGGACUAGUUAGGCUGAGUGGUGAGAAGUGGGCUGUGCACAGGAGAAUCACCAGCCAGGCCUUCAAUAUGGAGAGAAUAAAGGAUUGGGUUCCAGAAAUGGUGGAUAGCACUAAAAUGAUGCUGGACAGGUGGGAGAAAGAAAGAGGAGAAAGAGAUGAAUUUGAAGUGGACGUGUUUAAAGAACUGCAUAACCUCUCAGCUGAUAUCUUAUCAAGAACAGCUUUUGGAAGCAGCUUUGAGGAAGGGAAGCGUAUUUUCCAGUUACAAGACCAGCAAGCGAGCCUUGUUUUGCAGGCCAUAAGAAGUGUAUACAUACCUGGAUUCAGGUUUUUGCCAACGAAGAAGAACAGAAUGAGGAGAAGGUUGGAGAAGGAAACUCGAGACUCAAUUAGGAAAUUGAUUGGCAAUAGUACCAAUAUUCAGGAAAACCCAAAAGCUUUGCUUGCAUUACUAAUGUCUCCAUACAAGAACCAGAAUGAUGAACAGGAGAGAUUGAAUGUGGAGGAAAUCACAGAUGAAUGCAAGACAUUCUAUUUUGCUGGAAAGGAAACAACUGCUAAUCUCUUGACCUGGAUAUUCAUCCUUUUAGCAUUGCAUCAAGAUUGGCAAAACGAGGCAAGGGAAGAGGUCUUAAGCACAUGUGGAGACAAUAAACUUCCCUCUGCAGAGAAUUUAGCUGACCUCAAAAUCGUGAACAUGAUUAUAAACGAAACUCUGCGACUUUACCCCCCAGCUGUGAUGUUGAUGAGGCAAACAUCUAAGGAUGUCAAGCUCGGGAGCCUCGACAUUCCAGCUAAUACCCAAUUCUAUUUGGCCAUGACUUCUGUACACCAUGACCCUCAAAUAUGGGGAGAAGACGCAAACAAAUUUAACCCUCUGAGAUUCGCUAACACUAGAAAGCAUAUAGCUUCAUUCUUUCCAUUUGGAUUGGGUCCAAGAAUUUGUGUUGGUCAGAAUCUGGCUCUGGUUGAGGCAAAAAUUGUCCUGGCUGUUAUCAUCAGACAAUAUUCUUUCGUGCUUUCUCCAUCUUAUGUUCAUGCUCCCAUGCAAACUAUGACCCUACAACCUCAGUACGGUGCACAGAUUAUCUUUAGCAGGAUUCAACGCUGAGGUUUACACGUUUCGAGUGUUCCUUUCUUUUUCUUUUGUUUUAUUUCCUUUCCCCAAACAGGUUUAAGCGUAUUUAUUCCUAUAUGUUAGCGGAGUACGUGCGGUUUUCUUAUGUAAUUGUAAAUAGAACUGUAAAAGUGCCUGUAACUGCAGCACCAUAUACGUUUUGUGAUCGAGAUU